GGGCUGCCAACACAUGCGGCGCGUCUGCAGGUGAGGGAGCAGGCUCGAAUGUGCUGGACACACACAGGAAAUUCAACCCAAGAAGCAACCAGGAUUAACAUUUUUUUUUUAUUAUUUUUCUCGCUUGCGUUUUGUCCUUUUGCAACCUAGAAUUCUCUGAUUACGGUGGAGUUGUCGCGCCAAAAGAGAGAGAGAGAACUAAGCUGUACGCCUGCUGACUUGGAGAAGAGAGCAGAGUAGGCAACCGGACAGGUAAUUUGCCUCAUAUUCACAUCCACGAGAUCGGAGAGUUGUCAGGCUCCGCGCAGCCAACACUCGCCGUGUGAUGAGUUUGGAAACUGCGCGGACAUUUAAAUAAUCCUCUGUGGACAUAUCAUCGGUAAGAGGGAUAUUGCAGCCUCACCCCUUGGAGGAAAUUCUACCCAUAAACUGUGAGUAAAACCCCGGGAUAUGGACUGAAUUCACUUUCUGGUGAUUUGAUGCUCGGACUGUAACAUUUUGGCUUUUGCGCGCAUGAAAUUCAAAUCUUGGUGGCACCGCCCGGAGCGCAGGGAGCCUCUCUGGUGUGUUUCAUGAUAUCAUUGCGGCUUUUUUAUAGCCAAAUCAAGGAAAAAGAGCAACUGACAUCCAGUGUCUGAAGGAGGGAGGCAGAAAGAAGACGAUAGUCCGUGCACUUGCUGCUUCUCACUGCAGCAGGAGCGAUGUAGGAAGUCGUCCGGAGGAUGAAGUCUGACACAUCCCGCCACAGAGGGCUUUGCUCUUAAUGAAAACGAUAUUACCUCUUCAAAUCCGGACUCUGCUGUAGUGAUUAUUUUUCUAAUUUUUUUAAAUUCAAAGUGGACAUUUUUUUUUCAAGGAGAACAAUGAGGACUACUGGUGCAGUGGACUAUUUGUACUAUUGCAUGCUCAUCCUGCAGUUUGUGCAUCAGCCCGCUGCAAAGCAGGUGCUCCGGUACCGUUUGGCUGAGGAGGGACCCGCCGAUGUCAGAGUGGGGAACGUAGCCGGCGACUUGGGCAUCGUUGCCGGUUCUGGUGAGGUGACAUUCACGCUAGAAUCAGGCUCUGAUUUUUUCAAAAUAGACAACAUAACAGGAGAGCUCACCACCAAUGAGAGGCGCAUAGACCGUGAAAAACUACAGCAGUGCCAAAUGAUAUUUGAUGAAAAUGAAUGCUUUAUAGAUUUUGAAGUGUCAGUGAUUGGACCGGCUCAGAGCUGGGUCGACCUCUUUGAGGGAAAAGUCAUCAUAUUAGAUAUAAAUGACAACACUCCAUCUUUUCCCUCCCCUGUCCUGACACUGUCUGUGGAGGAAAACAGACCCAUUGGAACCCUUUAUCUGCUUCCCACAGCCACAGACAGAGAUUUUGGAAGAAAUGGAAUAGAGAGAUAUGAGCUUAUCCAGGACAAUGGGGACAACUCGAGGCGCCUGGGCUCUUCCGGGGAUUCAUUCUCCGGGAAGAGGAGAUUUGAAGAAGGUGCAAGCAGGAGCAGUGUCUUUGAGCUGCAAGUUGCUGACACUACUGAUGGAGAGAAGCAGCCUCAGCUCAUCAUUAAAGGGGCCCUUGAUAGGGAGCAAAGAGACUCCUAUGAGCUUACACUGCGCGUAAGGGACGGAGGUGAUCCUCCACGCUCUUCCCAGGCCAUUCUGAGGGUAAUGAUCACUGAUGUGAAUGACAACAGCCCUCGGUUUGAGAAGAGUGUGUAUGAGGCUGACCUACCAGAAAACAGCUCCCCUGGUGCACCCAUACUUCAGCUGAAAGCAGCUGAUGCAGACGUGGGGGUGAACGGUCAAAUAGAGUAUGUGUUCGGGGCAGCCACAGAGUCAGUAAGGCGGCUACUGAGGUUGGAUGAGAGCACAGGGUGGCUGAGUGUCUUGCACCGCAUUGACCGUGAAGAAGUGAGCCAACUGAGGUUCACAGUAAUGGCCCGUGACCGAGGCCAGCCACCGAAAAUGGACAAGGCCACUGUGGUGUUGAACAUCAAGGAUGAGAACGACAACGUCCCAGCUAUAGAGAUACGGAAAAUUGGACGCAUUUUCUUAAAAGACGGGGUGGCAAAUGUGGCAGAGGAUGUGGUAGUGGACACACCCAUCGCCUUGGUACAGGUGUCAGACCGAGACCAGGGGGAGAAUGGCAUCGUCACCUGCACCGUGGUGGGGGAUGUCCCCUUUCAGCUCAAACCAGCCAGUGAGAUGGAAGGGGAGCAGAAUAAAAAGAAAUAUUUCCUGCACACGUCUGCACCACUGGACUAUGAGGUCAUACAGGAAUACAAUGUAGUCAUUGUGGCUGUGGACUCAGGAAGCCCCAGCCUGGCAAGUAAUAACUCUCUUAUUGUGAAGGUGGGAGACACUAAUGACAACCCUCCUGUCUUCAGCCAGAAUGUGGUCGAGGUGUCGUUCCCUGAAAACAAUCCCCCUGGUGAGAGGGUGACUACAGUAGCAGCCAUAGAUGCAGAUAGUGGCAAGAAUGCUGAAAUAGCCUAUUACCUUGACUCAUCAGUAAACGGGCUUUUCUCUAUUGAUGCCGACAGCGGUGACAUCCGGGUAAACACCAUCCUGGAUAGAGAGCAAACCGAGCGCUACGAAUUCAAAGUGAUAGCCAAAGAUAAGGGCAUAAACACCCUUCAGGGCUCUGCAACAGUGAGCAUCCUUGUGGCCGAUAAGAACGACAACGCACCCAAGUUCAUGCAGGACGUGUUCACCUUCUAUGUCAAAGAAAACCUUGAGCCAAACAGCCCAGUUGGCAUGGUUACAGUGAUUGAUGCAGACAAAGGCCAAAAUGCUGAGAUGAGUCUUUUCAUUGAGGAGGAGGAGGACUUUUCAAUUGAGAAUGACACCGGGACUAUUUUUUCCACUCUGUCCUUUGACCGAGAGACGAGAACUACUUACACUUUCUGUGUCAAGGCCGUGGAUGGUGGUGAUCCUCCAAAAUCCGCCACCGCCACAGUUUCCCUUUUUGUCAUGGAUGAAAAUGACAAUGCACCAACUGUCACUUUCCCAUUCAACAGCUCCUACACCCUCCUCCCUCCCUCAAGUAACAUCAGAACUGUAGUCAGGACUGUCAGCGCCACUGAUUCUGACACUGGCCCCAACGCAGACCUGAGCUACAGCAUCAUUGGGGGCAACCCUUUCAAGCUGUUUGAGAUUGACGGGGGCACUGGGGUCAUCUCACUUGUGGGGAAGCUGGAGCAGAAGCACUUUGGCCUCCAUAGGCUAGUAGUCCAAGUCAACGACAGUGGCCAGCCUUCGCAGAGCACCACCACGUUAGUCCACGUGUACGUCAAUGAAACCCUUUCCAAUUCCACAGUUGUGGAGGCCCUAGUGACUCGGAGCAUGAUCACAUCCCUGAACACGAACAUUGCUGGUGACCCCAACUAUGAUCUCAGCAAGCAGCGCUUAAGCAUCGUCAUCGGGGUUGUUUCAGGCAUAAUGACUGUCAUCCUCAUUAUCCUUGUUGUCGUCAUGGCCCGUUACUGCCGUCCCAAGAAUAAGAAUGGGUAUGAGGCCGGCAAGAAGGACCAUGAAGACUUCUUUACACCCCAGCAGCAUGAUAAGUCAAAAAAGCCCAAAAAAGAUAAGAAGAAACAGAAAUCCAAACAGCCUCUCUACAGCAGUAUCGUCACUGUCGAAGCCUCCAAACCCAACGGGCAGCGCUACGACGGCGUCAAUGAGAAGCUGUCGGACAGUCCUGGCAUGGGUCGCUAUCGUUCGGUCAACGGAGGCCCGGGGAGCCCGGAUCUGGCCCGGCACUACAAGUCCAGUUCUCCACUUCCUACUGUCCAGCUUCACCCACAGUCGCCAACGGCUGGUAAAAAGCACCAGGCAGUUCAGGACCUGCCCCCUGCCAAUACCUUUGUUGGCACCGGAGAUAACAUUUCCCUUGGAUCUGACCACUGCUCUGAAUACAGCAGUCAAACGAUCAACAAGUACAACAAACAGCCGUUUCGCCGAGUGACCUUCUCGGUGGUGAGCCAACCCCAGGACCCUCACCAGCAGGGAUCGCUGCAGAGCUGCUACGACAGCGGCCUGGACGAGUCGGAGACGCCCAGCAGCAAGAGUUCAUCGGGCCCCCGCCUGGGCGCCCUCCCCCUGCCAGAGGACAGCUACGAGAGGACAACGCCGGAUGGCAGUGUCGGUGAGGCAGAGCACAUGGAAAAUGACUCUCGGCCCUUGCCUGACGUAGCCAUGACUGGCAAGUGCACCCGGGAAUGCGACGAGUAUGGCCACUCGGACUCCUGCUGGAUGCCUGUGCGCACGUCGCCCGAGCGGCGGCCAUCCAAGUCAACCACUAACCCACAACAACCAAAGCUUUCCACUUUCAUGAGCGGCAACGGAAGCGGCAGCAGCAGCAGCGCCGACCAACCCGGCAGUCAAGAGACCCUCGCCAUGGCCGCCAUGGCCAACGGAGACCCCACCGCUGCUCACAUGAUGGGCGACCGCAAUCGCAACUUGCUCAACAAGAAGAUGGCCUCCUCCUCUUCCUCCUACGAGGCCUUUGGAUCGCCUUCCUACGGCUCGCCAGGCAGUGGGGAGGAGACACUGGGCCACCCCACCGAGGAGAUCCCUCUCGCGCCAACUGGGGAGUACAAGCCCACGUCUUGUGGUACACUGACACGACGGGAGGUGUACCUGUGAGCUUGUAUUCACUUUGACAUUUGCAUUGGAACACACCAAGCAUAGUUGCUCACCCACCAAGUUACUGCUCUAAAAGCUUUUAGCCACUCUUGUUCCUCGCAAGGUAGGACUAAACUUUCUCCAAAGACAUUUGCGAAUAAUGAAAACUCUAAGUGGAUAUAUAAACAUACCAUUUUGGAAGUGCUAACUCUGGCCUGGCCAGGAACUAAUUGGAGGAGGAGGACAAACUGUUGAUGGCGUUGACUGGACUUGGGAUAUUCUACUGGCGAGUCGGGCUCUUGGGACAUUAUCUGCUGCCUGACAGUCAAUCUGUAAAAUAAUCAACUCAUUUUACAUAUACAGUACAUGCAUGCAUUAACCCUCUAACCCCCGAAGUGAAGGCCCCAUCUCUGACGAAGACACUGUACAAAAAGGACAACUUCUUUUCUGUUGUUUUUUCUAGAAACAAAGCUGUACAUGUGGACUAUUUUGACUUCAAAGUGUGUCUUGGUUAUGCCUUUUUUUAUUUCCUAACAUUGCAGUGCCCUGGCAGUGAUGUUCUGUUGCUGCAACAAGAUUUGGGACACACUGGUCUCACUGAUCCGUCUGUGGAUUCUGUCAACUUGACUGUUUGUGAUAAAAGUUGACCAAAACUUAACAAGGACAGAAAAGACUAAGCUUUAAGCCCAGACGACAACAGUUCAUGAAAAAUGGGAGUCAAUGGAAUUUGCUGCAACAACGUCUCGCUUUAGACGACAUUCAACAACUGGUAUACUCUGAACACAAGAUUUUGUCUGACCGGUGUGUGGUUCUUCACGGUAAAAUGUCACUCAUUGUACAUAAGCAUUGAACCACGGCAACAACGCUAACUGCUCUCAUACCCUUUUGUCUUGCAACCUUUCUUCAGUCUCUUGUUUGUCUUUGAUUGGCGAGGUUGAGACCAAAACUCCUCUUCUUUGAGAUGCAAAAUCUUAGAGCCAUUGGCUGAAAAAGCAUGUGUUGUACAUGGCUUUGCAUAUCCCUAUCACCUUGGUAGGAUGCUCCAGUUUUUAUCAAGUUGUAACCAGUUUUUCCCAAUCACACUGAAGCAGUAAAGUGCGGCUGUACUGACUGAAUAUCCUGGGUAAGCACAGUGUGGCAUGCAGAGAUUAGAAUUCUUGAGGUGCAACUGAAAUUGUAAGUGUGUACGGGCGAGAUAUGCAGUAUAUAGUGUGUGUAUAGGCUAUAUUUAGUGUAUACUGUAGAUGUACACCGAUAAUAGGCUUAUGGGGGUGCAAACAUGGCCAAGCUUGUCCUCAAACAGCUGCAAGGACAGCUUUUUACUGUUAUUUCUUUUUUUUUCUGUUGUGUGAUAGACUGAGCAAUAAAUAUCAUUAUGUACAUGUGACCAACAAGCAUCAACUUCUUUCACACUUCCUCUCAAGCCUUCUAGGUGACAUUCCCGUGCACACAGCUGUCUGAGAGUCCUUUUAAGCACUAGUCGAUGUUGCUUUCCAUUGUACAUUGGUGAUGUCGUCUUUGAGCACGAAUGUAAGAAUCAGCUCAACGAGAGGGAACAAUCAUAAAGGCAACGUCUGUACCGUCGAGCAGGAAAAUUUCCGGGUUGAGCAAAAAACGGCGUCAAAAUGAAACCAAAGUUUCCCAAACAGGACGAAGCAUUCCCCGCAUUCACACCGAAAUAGCUUUCUGGGAUAACUUUGCUUUACAUGGAGUACUGAGAUUGAACUCUAAGAAUGUGAUGUCUCAACUAUCCGUCCAUUACAUCCUCACAGCUACUGUUGAGAUGUUGUGCCUCCCGGUCCACAAGUGAUGUUACUUGAGGCGCAAAUCUCAUGACUGUAACGAACAAAAAAUAUCAGAUGCAAUGGAACUUUUUUUGUAUGUUAGCAAAACCCCUUUGGUUCAAACGGAGCUGCUUUUUUCUGCACUCCGGCAAUCUAUAGUCUGUAAGUACUACUCGUUGUUGGAAAGAAAGUGCUCCUAUACUUAUCAACUGUAUACAUGAAUAUUUACUUUUUACUGCACGUUUAAUGGGAACUUACUUCACUUACUGAGAAGGAAGAAGAAAAAAAACUGUAAAACAAAAUGUACAAAAAAAUCUUUUCCCUGUAAACAUGGAAAUCCACCUUGUUGCUUGCUUUUGUUAUACCUAGAGACAUGUAGUACAACUUAGUACAUCAAUUAAGACCAUAACAUUGAUUUUUUUUUUUUUUUGGCAUUUUUCUUAUUAAAUAUCAGUACUGUCUCUGAUAUCACAACACAAACCCCAAACUGUUUCAUUUACGCCAACCAUCUGCAAAUUCGUAUCAUUUUGUAUUUUGUUUAGAAAUUUCACACAUUUAUUUCUUACUCUUUAAAGUCAGAACUGUUGAAAUGAUCAUGACAAUGUACUAUAUGUUUAUUUUUUCUUUAUCUGGUGCCACUUUGUAUAUUUAGAGUGCUUCUGAGAAAAAAGAAACAAAAAAGAACAAAAAUACUAGAGUGAAUGCAAAUAUGCAAUUGUGCCUUUUUAUACCAAUUGGUAUGAUUAAAUGUCGGUUUGGAAUGGUGCAUAAACAAUUACAUUGCUUUUCAAAAGUAGACGGGGUGGCAUUUAAGAAACAGACUGAACUACAUUUGCAUAUCUUGGAUGAAAUCCCAUGAUGUCAAAGGCUUCUUGGAGGAUGAACAGUCAAAUGUCAGUGGCGAUUGUUCACUGGGGUCAAUUAUCUUGUUGAAAUAUCCAUCCCUAGCAUAGUGCAUUACCGAAUGAGUACAGGUUCAUUCAAAAGUUGCUUGUUGGUAGUAUUAAUAAUGAUAUAAUGGAUUUUUUUGUCGUGUUCCACUCAUGUACAUGUACAACAUCAGAGGUCAAGUAACCUUUGUGCAUGAAACAAGCUCUAGGACUGAAUAUAGAAGCAUAGAAAGAUAGAGAACCAGGUGAAAAGAGGGAAAAAAAAUGCUCAAAGACAUUUGACUGCUGAGAGUUGAGGGAGCCUGGAGAUAAAAAUGCUAAUGUGAGGGUUUACUAGGAGUUGGAAGUGGGAGAGAGGAGAAAAAAAAAGCUGCAAGGGAGAGUAGCUGACAGAACACACACCUCAGGAUGCUUGGAGCAACACAACACUGGUACGCAGAAUCUGAGUAUAUGCAUAUCAGAGUAUGUGAUGAAACCCUGUCCUACAAAUAAGUGCGCUACGAUGUUUGCUAUGAUAUUGCGAGGUGAUGCUUUGAAUUCGGAGAUCAGAUGGAGUGAAAGCAGACUCUGUAGUGUGAACCUCAGACAAAAUGAGAAGAAAGGAACGGUGCCAUACAUUGGCAACUCCACUGAAUACAGUGUCGCCUCUUUUAAUCCACCAAGGCUUUGACAAACAAACAUUUGACAGGAAAAGUGGCGUACACAACACCUGCCAUCAAAAUGUUUCCUCCUCUUUUUGCCCAAGGUGUGUGUUCAGUCCGUGCUCUCCACUCUUCAUAUAGCCUUCACAGUGUGUAAUGAGAUUUGUAAUAUUAACCAUUACUAUUUGUCCUGCGACUUGGAUGUUGAUAUAGAAAUUGAGGAACCAAUUUAUCAUCGUUUAAUAUGAGUCACUAUGCACGCAGCUUAGCUGAACAUGGCAAAGUGUAUUGAACGCAAGUCCACUUCUAUUUAUGAGAUAUUUUACAUAAUUUAAUUUGCUUUUGUACAGGUUUGUGUAAAUAAAUUGCUUGUCAUUUUUGUCUCUGCAGAAAUUAAAAUAUAA